AUGAAAGUUCUCUUCAUUCUCUUCCUUCUUAUUUCUAUUAUUGUUGCCUAUCCGGCAGAAAAUUUUUAUCGUAUCAAACGAGGAAGCACCAAAUCUGUGAGUUUUCAACAUUUAUAGUUAGGAUCCAUUUCUGUAGUAUAAGUGAUGCUUUUCAGGAACACAAAGAGAAAACGGUGAAAGAAAAUGGGCAAUGUAUGAAAAUUGCCUAUGAUUUGAAAACAACCGAUGCGAAUCCAAAUGCUCGACCAACUUGUACUAUUGCAAAGUGAGCAAUUUAUUUCAAUUCGAGUGUUUUUCUCUCAAUUGACCUUUUUCAGAUGUGGAGAGACAACCAGUGAACGCGUUGCGUGCAGAACUUAUUUCCCAGACACUGAAUAA